GGAAGCCGUCGACCGUUUUCAGCCCUCCGGCGAGUAUUUAAGAAGGAUCAAACCCUAGGGUUUUGUCUACUCUCAAAAUCCGAAAAUUCUCAAAGGUAUUUGUGAUGCAUGAUCUGGUGAAUGACAUGGCUCGAGUUGUGUCUGGCAAUUUAGAAGCUUGAGUUCACAUUGUCAUUCUUCGGUGGCUUGGAGGAGCUGCCUGAAUCAGUUGGCUUACUAAGGCAUCUUCAUCAAAGUAUCUGGAAGGCUGGAACAAAAAUUAAAAGGUUGUCGGAUAGCGCUUCAUUGGGAUGGUUCAUGGUCUUCACAGCAGCCUUUAUGCAUGAAGAUGGCCCUUUUUCUUUCUCCAGGAAGAGGCUGAGAGUAUCAGAUUUUGGAUAUCAAGAUCUACAUCCACACGCAUACGCAGGAUGUUCCAGUGAUGCGCCAUUAUCUUCGCAUCUGGAUGUAGAAAGGGCUAUUGGUGAUAUACCAUCUUGUUGCAGUCUUGAUGAUAGAUUUGAUUCAGAUUCUGGAUUGGAUAUGAGCUGCCAGUCAAAUAUUAAAAGCGUUGAUGAUCCUGUAUGCUUUACAACAGGAAAUAUUUCAUUUCAGGAUCAGAGUCAUCCUGGCUAUAUGCAGCCUGCUUUUGUUAGUGGUUGGAUGUAUGUCAACGAAAAUGGACAAAUGUGUGGUCCCUAUAUUCAGGACCAACUAUAUGAAGGAUUAACUACUGGUUUCUUGCCAGUUGAGCUUCCUGUGUAUCCUGUGAUUAAUGGCACAUUAAUGAACCCUGUACCAUUGAACUACUUCAAGCAGUUUCCUGACCAUGUUUCCACAGGGUUCUUAUAUCUGAGCACAAGUCGCUCAGUUCUAACCACGCCUACAGGUUGCUCCACAUCAUCUGGCAAGGAUAUGACAUCAUAUAGACAAGGAUCCUUUGAGCACGCUCCUUCUGUAGCUGUCAACCUUGAUUCACAGUUAGUUUCUGUCACAUUCAGCUACACCAGUAAGGAAAUCUUAACACCGAUCUCAAAGUUACAUGAAGAAUGCUGUUGGCUUUAUGAGGAUGAAAAGGGAAUGAAGCAUGGACCACAUUCCAUUUUGGAAUUAAUAUCCUGGCAUCAUUAUGGACAUCUCCGAGAUUCAUCGGUGAUUCAUCAUACUGAAAGUAAGUGUAGCCCCUUUGUCCUUUUGUCUGCUAUAAAUGCAUGGAAAACAGGAAAGCUUGAAAAUAUCUGUAGAUCAGAUUCCAAAAGUGACAGGGCUUGUAGUGAUAUCAGAAGCUUCAUCUGUGAAAUAUCUGAGGAAAUUUGUUCUCAGCUACAUUCAGGAGUGAUGAAAACUGCCCGCAGGGUGGUGUUGGAUGAGAUUAUCAGUAACAACAUUGCAGAAUUUGUUACUGAAAAGAAAUCUCGGAGGCAUAAGCAUGACUCAGUUGAUCAGCCUUCUGGGACUAGCUUGUUAGACUGCAGAAUGACUGAGGCUGCUGUGGAGAUGAGAAAAGGCACGGUUCUUACAAGCGAGCCAGCAUCUUCCCAAAUGCUUGAUGAUCAGUCUUGUGAAGUUUCCAGAGUGUCUCCAACAAGCACUAAAUCAGUUGGAAGCAUUGAAAACUUUUGGUGUUCAUAUGCUGUUGUUCGUAAAGUGCUUUGUGAUCAUUGCAUGCAAGUCAUGUGGAAUGCUGUGGUUUAUGACUCUAUGGCAGGGUACAUACAUAAGUGGAGAAAGAGACAACGUUGGUCUACUUGUAGUAAGCCUCGACCAUCUAUUUAUGGAUAUAAAGAUUAUGGUGGAAUGAUCACAUCAGAAGAAGCUUUGCUUCCCAGGCCAGUUUCCUCUGAACAUGUUGCUGUUUGGCAUCCUCAUGGUGGAGUGGUGGCACUGGAGAGAGACUAUCGUAGUCAAUCGUCUUCUAUUGUCUUGAAAGAUGGUAAUAUUCCAGAAAAUGGAAGGGUGUCAUUUUCUGGCUGUGAUCGUAUAGAUUUGAUAUGCAUUCUUGAAAGUGUGGAGAAUGAGCUUCACUCGAUAUCAGAGGCAUCUUUAACUGAAUACAUUAAAAGUUUAGUUGACAAGGAAGUGGAAAGAUUAUUUAAAUGUUCUGAAGAAGACAACUUGAACAAGGAUGCUGUUACUGAUGACAUUUUUGAAGAGAUAUCUUGUGACAAAACAUCUGAAGAGCGGAUUUUAUCUGGCAAUAAGGUUGCUAUGAAAGGAGAUCGUCUUCAAGAUACCAUAUCUGGAAACCGUAUGUCUACUUUAUUCUCAAGUGCAUUUCAGGAGUUGCAUGCCAAUGUAAGUGAUGUGGUUAAUGAAAAGGAGAUUGGCGACAUAUCACCUCCUGGAUGUGAAAAGAAUUUAAAAACUAUUAUCCCACAAUACAAUUAUAAGUAUCGACCUUCAAGAUCAGUUGAAAGUGUACCUAAGAUAACAAAAUAUGUUACAACAGCCCUAUGCCGACAGAAAUUGCAUUCUGAGGUUCUUGAAGAGUGGAAAUCUUUGUUUCUUGAUGCUGCAUUUGAUCAACUUUUUGCAUCAUUCUGCACUACAAAGAAGAUCAGCCAGCCUGAUGGUUACAAGGAAGGGAAAAUACUGAAGUCAUCUGGGGAACAUUUGAACAAUCCAACUCUGGGAAGAAUGAAGAAAAUACCCAAAAGUUCUUCAUCAGAAAAUUCUCGGAUGGUUGGGAAAUAUACAUAUCAUCGAAAGAAGCUGCCACAGAAAGAGCGACAUUCUUCUCAACACAUAACUGCACCAGUCAAAAAACAAGUUGAUAAGAAGAAGAAAUGUUUUUCUGGGGAUUUGGAUGAUUCUGCCAAAGUUGGAAUAUCUCCUGAUAAAACUGUGCAGACCAAGCUGAUAAAAGGGAAGAAGGAUAAACAGGCUAAUGGAAAGUCUCUCGCUGCUGGUGCUAAAAGGCACUUGCAGAGUAAGAAGUUGUCUAUAAAUAAUGCAACUAGUAAAAAAUUAGUGAAGCAUUCACAGGAAGUCCAAGAUGAUGUAAAGAAUGAUGAGAAAAGUAAUGGAGAGAAGAUUUUAGCUGUUGUGGAAAAUAGCGUUGGCAAGAAAAAAGCAGUUGAUAGCAGUGGUCGUGAUGGUGCCAUUCAUGGAAAGUCCACUCGUCAUUGCUCCAAGGGAGCUCUUAAUGUGACAAAUAAAGCAUCAAAACUAAAAAGGAAGCAUCUAGCUGAUGACAUGCCAUCCUCACGUCCUUCAAAGGUUUUGAAGAUUGCUAAUGACGGUUCAAAGGUUGGAGUUGGCGGACACGCCAUGUCAAAGACGAAGUCUGCUAAAUCCAAGCCAUUGAAGUCAUGCCCUAGAUCUGACGGAUGUGCCAGGACUUCUAUUGAUGGGUGGGAAUGGCAUAAAUGGUCUGUAAAUGCCAGUUCUGCUGAUAGAGCACAUGUUAGGGGAACACUCUGUGUUCAAAAGAACUCUGUACCAUCUGAUAGUAAUCCAUUUCAUUGGUCAAAUUGUAAGGUUCUUUCUGCACGCACAAAUAGAGUGAAAAUGCGUAACCUUCUUGCAGCUGCGGAAGGUGCUGAUCUUCUGAAAGCCACUCAAUUGAAGGCAAGGAAAAAACGUUUACGUUUUCAAAGAAGUAAAAUACAUGACUGGGGUAUUGUUGCCUUGGAGUCAAUAGAGGCGGAAGACUUUGUGAUUGAAUAUAUUGGAGAAUUAAUCCGUCCUCAGAUAUCUGAUAUACGUGAACGUCAAUAUGAAAAGAUGGGAAUUGGCAGCAGUUACUUGUUUAGACUUGAUGAUGGCUAUGUGGUUGAUGCUACAAAAAGAGGUGGUAUUGCAAGAUUUAUAAAUCACUCUUGUGAGCCUAAUUGCUAUACCAAGGUUAUAUCUGUUGAGGGUCAAAAGAAGAUUUUCAUAUAUGCAAAACGUCAUAUAGCUGCUGGUGAAGAAAUUACAUACAAUUAUAAAUUUCCUUUGGAGGAGAAUAAGAUUCCCUGCAACUGUGGGUCCAAAAAGUGUCGCGGAUCACUGAAUUAGAGGGAUUUGAUCUUUAAUUUAGGUUUACCUUUUGCAUAUUUUGGAAUUGACAAGGGGUUUGGCAGUAGGAUGAUAUUAUACUUCCAGAGGAAGUGGGCGUAGUACUCUCCAUGAUUCAGACAUUCUUUUCAACAUCCAUUUCACCAAGGAUUGCAUUGGAUGAGUUGUGAGAGUUCUUGUACUUUGCAAUCAUACUUUGAUAUUGGUCUGCAUCACUGAAGAAGGGCUAAAUGAUGUGAUACUGUUGGUUGAUAACUAUUUUGGGUUGCCUAUUCGUUGGAAGAUGAAAUAACUAACCUAUGGGAUUCUUGUAGAGUUUUUUGGCAGAUGAGUUUCUCCCCUUUAGAAGCUGUAAAUAAUUGUUUCUUUUUAACAUAUGAUAGAUGAGGAUAAAUUUCUAUUGGUUUAGAUAAACAAAUGAUUUAUUAAUAAGAGAUUUUUUUUUUUUUUGGAAAAUCCCAGUGCAUGCUGCUGAAAUUUGCUACACAAUUACUAAAUGUCCCCGCACUCGUUACACCCUUAUUUCUGAUGUAUCAAAUGGAACUGAGUUAGUAACAUUUUCAUAUUUCCAUAGACCCAUUAUAGCAAUGCCAUUUCUUGGGGGAAAAAAUAUUGGAUUGUAAUUUAUUGGACAUGGAUUCACCCGCUUUAGAACAUUGAAACAUUCAAUGUUUGCUUGAAUUGGCAGUGAGCUGCUUGAUCAAUCUGACAGGUUUUAUUGUUAGUGAGAUUACUACUUAUCAUGUUUAAGCCAGCAAUCUUGUUACUUUUUGUUGGCAUGUGGAAAAUAAUGCCUUAAAAUAUGGGUUUCUUAUGAAUGGUGUCACAUCUCAUCAACAGAUAAUAGUGGGAAAGUUCAACGAAGAAGCUGGACAUGUAAAAUAAGGUUGUAUUUCACAUGUUAUCAUGUGAUGAUGGGAUCUACAAUGAAGGUCCUUGGUAGAAUUGAUUGCGCUGUAGUGCUUAUCCUGUGGAAGCUUGUUAUGUUAUAGUGAUAAACUGAAUAUGUUACUUUUAUUUGUGCAAAAUUGCAAACCCUAGCUUAAAAUAGCAAGUCAAGGCCAUUCGGUUGAAAUUCUAUCUUUACAUCUGUCUAAACGGAACAUUGUCAAAAAAAAAAAAAAAAAGGGAAAAAUUCGGCUGACAUUUGACGUUACCAUUAUCAAUUUCAUUAUUAGGUAUUAAUUAGUUCGGAAGAGAAAAUAGUUUAAAGAAGUCUCUCUUUCUCUUCCAAAAGGGUUGCAUAUACGUAUAUUUAUUUUGCUUCCUUUUCAAUUCCUGUGAUUGCAGGAGUAGCUCCAAUAGGAAAACCAUAAAACUUUGCUGCGUCGGGUUGUGCCUACUGUUCGUCCACAGGGAAUUGGCCAGUCGAGUGGAAGUUUGAUGGUUGGAUGUGCAAGACUCAUUAGCUAUGUGACGGUUGUGGCAUUUCGUGGCCACUAAAAUCAAUUGCUGAGUGUUUGUUCUUGAUCUUGAGCUCACAUAAGGGGACUUCGGACACCAUGCUUUAGACCUGUUUGAAAUUGGAGGAUGAUGGUUAAACUUGUAAAGACUAGGACCUAAUUAGUUCUUACUGAUGGUGUGCAGUGAGGGCAUAUUGAUAUAGUGCGAUGAAGAGAGAUAUAAGAAGAAAAGAGAAUAUGAGUUUAUUCUUUUAUUAUUCAUAAGGUGUAGAGGGGAGAGAUGGUGUUUUUCAAGUCACUUCAUUAAAUUUUUACACAAAUAUAUAAUUAUAAUAUUUACUUAUUAUUUAUGAAAACAA